AGCAUGGUUGUGGCCUUAGCAAUUUAGGCGAAGAGAAGAAAGUGCUGAAAAGAGAAAGUUGUUAUCCACAAGACAACGUCAUCAACAUUACACAAGGCGCAGGGUGUGAUGGCAACCUCUUUCUCUCCGACAGCCUCUGUCGGCUCCAUCAUCUUCCAAAACCCUCCCAAAGGCCUUCUUCUUCUCUCCCAGCAGCAGCAACAACGCUCCUUCGCCUCUUCUGCAAGCUAUGCAACUCUCAAGCUCCCUCGCGCCUUCGCACUUUCUCCAAGACCCCUCCUUUCCAAAGGGAGAACAACACUUGUGAGGGCUGCUACUAUCGAAGAAAUUGAAGCCGAAAAAGCCGCAAUUGAAAAAGAUGCUAAAACCAGGAUGGAUAGGACUAUUGAUAAUGUCCGUACAAAUUUCAGUUCCAUAAGGACAGGGAGAGCAAACCCAUCCAUGCUUGACAAAAUUCAGGUGGAAUACUAUGGAAGCCCAGUUAGCUUGAAGAGCAUCGCUCAAAUUAGCACUCCUGAUGCCAGUUCUCUUUUGGUACAGCCAUAUGACAAAUCAAGCUUGAAGGCUAUAGAGAAAGCCAUAGUUAGCUCUGAUCUUGGUAUGACUCCAAAUAAUGAUGGAGAAUUGAUACGACUGAGCAUCCCACAGUUGACAUCUGAUAGGAGGAAGGAACUAUCAAAGAUAGUGGCUAAACAAGCUGAAGAAGGGAAGGUGGCUUUGAGGAAUAUAAGAAGAGAUGCAUUAAAAGCUUAUGAUAAACUUGAGAAGGAGAAAAAGCUCUCCGAAGAUAAUGUGAAGGAUUUGUCAAGUGAUUUGCAGAAGCUGACAGAUGAGUAUAUGAAGAAAGUUGACACCAUCUUCAAACAGAAAGAAAAGGAAUUGCUCACAGUUUGAUGCUUUGUUGCAAAAAGUAAAUGCUGAGUUCUAUCUAAAGAAGGUCAAAUUUUGUGCCUACUUUGCUCCAGGGUUGGAUGAUUAAUGCGCAUGUUCAUUGGUUAUACAGAAGACAAACUUUUGAAUUAAAUAGAUGUUUUUCAAAUUGGAAAGGUGAGUUCAUGUCUGUAAAUUGGAUUUAUUUCACGUAAUUCUUCAUUGAAAUUAGACCCUCACCGAACCAUUGUUGUCAAACUCUUGAGGCUAUGGUAGACUCUUACAAGUUUAUGAUUCUAGGUAUAAAAAUCAAGUUAGCUGACUGUCAGACUCA